GUAUGACGUUUCGUUUGAUAAUUUUCUAUUUCAAUUCAUAUUAUAAUAUUGUAAAAGAUAGUCAGCGGAUUGAUAGACAAAUCUAUAUAGCGCUGGCUACGCAAUAAUAUUGUUGACUUUUAUUACGAGUAUAUAUAUAGUAUAUUCGUAGGGGUUUGAAUGACCAUACCUGACAAUUGUGUGUGUACGAUUCUCAAGGGCUGAGAACUAAGAACUUCUUUAGCGACCCUUAACAUUCGCUCUUUUAUAAUUAUUGAGCCUCACAAUGUCAAAGUCUGCAGUGCGAGAAUGUAAAGGACUCAAAAAUGAAAUAAUAGUGAAAAUGCCGCCCAAAACAGCAGCGCAGUAUAGUCGAGAAUACAGAGCAAGAAAAAAGGCUCAAAAAAAUGCUUAUAUCCCAAAACCUACACCAAAAACACCAACUGAGCGUAGUCGAGAAUUUAGAGCGCGGAAAAAGGCUUUAGAAAAUGCUGAAAAGGGUCACUCAACAAACUCGAUUGUCACUGAACAACAGCAAAACACACUGUCGGAGCAUCUUGCGAUAGAUAUUGAACUACAAAAACCAAAAAAAAAAUCCAAAACUCCAGCAGAACGAACUCGUGAAUGUCGAGCUCGAAAAAAAGCUUUACAAAAUGCUGUACUUGAACGAUUAUUAACCUCUUCAUCAAAUAUUGAUCAAGCUGAUGCAGAUCAACUAAUAUCUCUGACGAAGAAUAUUACUAUAAACAUUGCACAUAAUUCUAUCGGUAAAAUAAAGGUAUUGAAAAAAAAACCCAAAACACCAACAGAGCGUAGUCGAGAAUGUCGAGCUCGGAAAAGGGCAUUAGAAAAAGCUAUGGCCGAACACUUAAUAAUAACCCCUUCCCCAAUUUUUGUUCAACCUGAUAUGCAUCAACAAAAUACUCUACCGGAAAACUUUGCUGAAUUACACCCGCAAAUUACUUUAACAGAAAAUCCUGCUGAUGUUAUUGCGCAAAAUAAUCUAUCAGAUAAUCUUGCUGAUGUUGUUUCGCAAAAUACUCUAUCAGAUAGUUUGGCUGAUGUUCUUUCACAAAAUACUCUUUCAGAGAAUCUUGCUGAUGCCCUUUCGCAAAAUACUCUUUCAGAUAAUCUUGAUGAUUCACAACAGCAAAAUUCUUCAUCAGAGAAUAUAAUAGCAAAUACAAAACAACCCGUCGGUAGCAUACGGAACUUAAAAGAAAAAACCAAAACGCCAACAGAGCGUAGUCGCGAAUUUCGAGCUCGGCAAAAGGCUUUGGAAAAUGCUGUUAAACACCUACCAAGUAACGUUUUAUUAGACAAUGACAUUUGUGUAACAUUCGGACCUUGAAUAAAUACAAAAAUACUUUGAAAAAGGCUUUGGAAAAUGCUGUCAAACACAUACAAGCUAGCGUGAAAGUAGAUAACUUAAUAUGUGUAAAUAUUUAUCAGCGAAAAGUAAUAAGUGUACGUCAGAAUCACGACUGAGUCAACUUCACCAAUACAACGUCACCAAAUAAUACUGUAAAU